AUGUUGAGUCAAGCUGUGGCCAAUCAAGUUGGACAGAAUGAGAAUCGACAGGAAGUGGCUGAUACUUCAAGGAUCCGUGAGUUCUUAAGGAUAAAUCCUCCAAGAUUCACUUGUUCAAGUGUCACUAAGGAUCCAAAAAACAUUGUUGAAAAGCUUCAGAAGUCUGAAGUUCACAAAACUUUCAGCUAUGCUUCGGAGAUGGUUGCUAACAUGAGAAGCAAGAUGAGUUUGUUCGUUGCUGGGUUGUCUCUUCUGUCUAGUAGGGAAGGCAAGACAGCUAUGUUGAUAGGAGAUAUGGACAUAGCAAGGCUGAUGAUCCAUGUGCAACAGGUAGAGGAAGAGAAACUGAAAGAUAGGGAGGAGAUUCAAAACAAUAGAGCAAAGAAGGGGAUGAGUCCGUGCAGCAGAAGAGUAAUGCCAACCGGUCAUCUUUCCAAUGGAAACAAAAAGAGUCGUCCUAGGUUUCGACAAAGUUUUUCCGGUCAAGGUUCCUCCGAGGCUCCUCCUAAGUUCAACGAAUAUAAUGUGUCUUACCCUAAGCCUAAAGGAGGUGAUGGUGGUGGAUCUUCAUUGCCUAGGUCUACUUCUACUAAGUGUGGAAGGAAGCACGAAGGUGAAUGUCUAACCGAUACCGAUGGUUGCUUCGGUUGUGGUAAGAGUGGCUACAAGAAGAGGGAUUUCCCAAUGCUUUUGGCUAAGGGAAUAGAGGGCAAGCAAGAUACUCCUAGUGGUUCGGGUUCCAAUGCUCCCAAGCAAAUCUGA